UCCAACUUGCCCUCAGUUGUCUGAGCCUCACGUCAUGGAAAGAGUCACUUUGUUACAGCUUGUUAAGGAAUACGGUUAUAGAGAAAAACAACGUGCUUCGUGAUGUGUGUCGACACCUUGGAGAGGCUUUGCUCCUCGCUCCGGAUCGUAAGGAUCGAGUGAAGAUGCGCAGCAGGAAAACACAGCAAGUUUCAGUCUGAGGGAAUGCGGUGCAGGCUGAAAAACAAUGCACUGGCAAACAAUCACUCUCCCCGCCGUCUGUGUUUCGUCUUUCUGCGUGAAUCUCUUCUGGAAAUGUGUUCAUCACGAGCAUCACUAAAGGAUUAAAACGGCUGUCGGUGCUUUUGGAGGAGCAUUUUGGUGAAAACGGGUUUUUUUUUUGUUUGUUUCUGAACCUGUUUGUAAUGUGAACGUAGGAAAAAUAGUUCUUUGUGACGAAGAAGGUGAUGCUAUAGCUGAAAGUUUGUUAGGCAGUUAGGGACAAUAAAAUAGAGCAGGAUCCUGAAUGGGCUGUAAAUGUCUAAUCCAUUUUUGGUGGAUAGACGAACGUUUUUGUUAGUAGGCUAUUAAAUUUAUUGUGUGUUUGCCCUCCUGAUUCAACGUCACACAACUUCAGAUUUGCUUCAAGUAUUGUAAUCCAGUGGUUAAUCUUUUGAUACAGCAUGCUCUAAUUAUGUCCCACCAGUCUAACAUGGACACCAUGUUCAUUUAGUUUAUGGUUUAGGACCCAUUUGAGUACCAAGAUGUCAGUGAAAGGUGUUGCCCUUUAUACUUUCAUAAGUGAAAACAAAGAGGAGAUUAGCAUCCAAGAGAAUGAGGAAGUGCUUAUCUUCGAUGAGAACUCGGUGGAUGGCUGGUUCCGAGGGGAGAACACCCGAGGGGAGAGGGGUCUAUUCCCUGCAUCCUACGUGAAGGUUAUUCGCACCAGAUCCAACUCUAACGUGACUGACUGCUCCAUAAGCCCAGAAGGCUCUCUAGGAAAUGACUCCUCCUACUUCCUGUCCACCCCAAACACCUCACUUAACUCUGGGCGGAUUUACGAUGAAGACGAUUACGACGACUGGGAUGACUGGGACGAUGGGUCUACAGUUGUGGAGGAUGGUGAUAACACUAGGGGUCCUGGAGCCAAUGGACAUGCAUAUCAGACCCAACUGUCGAACAACCCCAACGUACACUACAGGAGCAAAUCAGCUUCAGGACAGGAUGGCAUGUCCAGCUCAAGGAAGGGCAGUGUGGUGGGAAGAAACUUGAACAGGUUUUCCAGCUUUGUCCGCUCAGGAGUAGAGGCGUUUGUGCUUGGUGACGUCCCCAUGAUGGCAAAGAUUGCCGAAUCGUAUACUAUUGAGAUGGGUCCCCUGGGGCCUCGAUGGAAGGAGAACCCACAGCCUUUCACCUGCUCCAUUGAAGACCCCACCAAACAGACAAAGUUCAAGGGUAUUAAGACCUACAUAUCGUACCGGGUCACGCCGAGCCACACGGGGAAUCCUGUCUACAGGCGCUACAAACACUUUGACUGGCUUUAUAACCGUCUACUGCACAAGUUUACUGUGAUCUCUGUGCCUCACCUCCCUGAGAAGCAGGCUACGGGCCGAUUCGAGGAAGACUUCAUUGAGAAGCGUAAGCGGCGACUAAUACUGUGGAUGAACCAUAUGACAAGUCAUCCAGUCCUCUCCCAGUACGAAGGCUUCGAGCACUUUUUGAUGUGCACUGAUGAUAAGCAGUGGAAACUGGGAAAGAGGCGAGCGGAGAAGGACGAGAUGGUGGGCGCUCACUUCAUGUUGACCCUCCAAAUCCCCAGUGAGCACCAGGACCUUCAGGACGUUGAGGAAAGGGUAGACAACUUCAAGACGUUCGCCAAGAAAAUGGACGACAGCGUGAUGCAGCUCACGCACGUUGCCUCAGAGCUGGUGCGAAAGCACCUGGGUGGAUUCAGGAGGGAGUUCCAGAGACUAGGAAACUCCUUCCAGUCCAUCAGCCAGUCGUUCACGCUGGACCCGCCCUACAAGUCGGACGCACUCAACAACGCCAUUUCCCACACGGGCCGCACCUAUGAAAACAUUGGAGAGAUGUUUGCAGAGCAACCAAAGUACGACCUCUUUCAGAUGCUGGAUAAACUUUCCCUCUAUCAAGGACUGCUUGCAAACUUCCCUGACAUCAUUCAUCUACAGAAAGGGGCCUUCGCCAAGGUGAAGGAGAGCCAGCGGAUGAGCGAUGAAGGGAAGAUGGAUCAGGAUGAAACAGACGGCAUCAGGAAACGCUGCCGGACAGUGGGCUUCGCCCUCCAAGCAGAAAUGAGCCACUUCCAUCAGCAGCGAGAGGUGGACUUCAAAGACAUGAUGCAGGCCUACCUCAGGGAGCAGAUAGCCUUUUACCAGCGGAUUGUCCAGCAACUGGAGCGCACCCUGCGCAUGUACGAUGGCCUUUAAAGACUCCGCACUGCCCUCUGGGUCCAAACGCCAAAAAGCACACAGGAACCAAAAAACAAACAAAAAACAUGAAUUAAGAUUUGACAUUUUCAUCUUGUUGGUUGGUUCAUAAGAAAAGAAUAAAACCAUAGUUACUGGAAAGAUGUACCAAAAAACAGACAUCUUUUUGACUUUGAUUCAAAGUCACCUUUUUAUGACCUACUGUAUGUUUUAUAUUUGAAAAACACAUCACAUAGACAGUGUUAGCAUAUUCUGCAUAAUUUAAGGUGUUUGUAAGAAUAAAAUAAGAGUUUAUAAUGAUUUUAUAGUACAUCACAUUAAAGCCAUAAAAUGGGUUUUGUUUGGAAAUGGUCCCUUUUUUUCAAACACCAUGCACUUUGACUUCUUCAGGGAUUGAUUCCAGUUCUAUUCAAUGUCUAACAUAUCAAAAAAUAAAAAUAAAUAAAACAACGUAACGAAUUUGUUUCAGAACGUCCUCGUUGCACCAGCCAGACACUGCACAGUGAAGCAGUCUGAGGACAUCCAGCUCAGGUGUUCAUGUUACUUUUAAUAAAUCAGAACCAUUAAAGCAGUCCUAACUCCCUCACACCA